AAAAGCAAAUUAAAAUAAAUAAAAUAAAGCGAUAAAGAAUCAGAGAGACUGAAUUCGAAAGCUACUAUUCCAGUACUUCAUUUUCAUCAAACUCUUGGUUUUAGUUUUAUUUAUCAAUUUAAUUAAAGAAAGGAGAAGAAAACAACAGUGAGCGGUUAUGACUCAGGCAUCGGCGCCACCUCCAGGGCUGCCUGGAAUCGGAAGAGGCGGAGUUAAAGUGCGGUGCGCAGGUUGCGAUACGGUAACGACGGUGAAACGAGGACGGGUUGAGUUUGAGUGUAAAACUUGUGGCAUGCCUCAAAUGUUGCCGCCAAAAUUAAUAACGGAGAUGGAAUAUUCCGAACAACAAUCUCAAGUGCCGGCUCACGGAAUCGAUCCAUCUAAGAUGCAAAUUCCCUGUGUUCAUUGCCGGGCUUUGCUGAAUGUUCCUCAUGGAUUAUCUAGGUUUUCUUGUCCUCAGUGUUUCCAGGAUCUCUCUCUGUCUUCGUGCCUGGGCAAAUACCCCGUGUUUCUUCCUCCGCCAACAUUAUCAGCAACCGCCGCCAUGCCAGCGCCUCUUAAUAUUCUUCUUCCUCCUCCUCCUCCGGCUCCGGCUCCUCUUCCUCUUACUCCUCCGCCUCAUCUAACUCUUCCUCCUCCGGCUCCUCAUCCUAGUCUUCCUCCUCCGGCUCCUCAUCUUACUCUUCCUCCUCCUCCUCCUCCUCCUCCUCCGCCCCUUGAGGAAGUCAACGAGGUAGCUAUUGAAGUGGAACAGGAAGAAGAUGAAGGUGGCACCGUGGGAGAAACAUUUACUGAUUAUCGACCUCCCAAGCUAUCUAUCGGACCUCCUCAUCCUGAUCCUAUUGUGGAAACAUCAUCUUUAUCUGCAGUGCAGCCGCCUGAGCCCACUUAUGAUUUGAAAAUCAAGGAAGAUUUGGAGAAGACAAUGGCUCUGUCAUGCUUGCAGAUUGAGACUUUGGUCUAUGCUUGCCAGAGGCAUCUCCAACACCUUCCAAGUGGUGCUAGGGCUGGAUUUUUUGUUGGAGAUGGAGCUGGUGUGGGGAAAGGUCGAACAAUUGCAGGGCUUAUAUUGGAAAAUUGGGUCCAUGAGAGGAGGAGAAUAUUGUGGAUUUCUGUUGGUUCAGACUUGAAGUUUGACGCAAGAAGAGACUUGGAUGAUGUGGGUGCAACAUAUAUUGAAGUGCAUGCUUUGAAUAAGCUUUCCUAUGCCAAACUUGAUGCAAAAUCUGUCGGUGUCAGGGAGGGAGUUGUAUUUUCAACUUAUAGUAGCCUUAUUGCAUCUUCUGAAAAGGGCCGUUCUCGUUUACAGCAGCUUGUUCAGUGGUGUGGACCUGGAUUCGAUGGUCUUGUCAUAUUUGAUGAGUGUCACAAAGCAAAAAAUUUGGUACCUGAAGCCGGAAGUCAGCCAACACGAACAGGUCGAGCAGUUCUUGAAAUUCAGUCUCUACUUCCUGAAGCACGUGUUAUUUAUUGCUCAGCAACUGGUGCAUCCGAGCCUCGUAAUAUGGGUUAUAUGGUCAGGCUUGGUCUCUGGGGAGCUGGAACAUCCUUUGAUGAAUUUCCGAAGUUUUUAGAUGCUCUUGAAAAAGGUGGUGUAGGGGCACUGGAACUUGUUGCUAUGGAUAUGAAAGCAAGGGGAAUGUAUGUAUGUCGUACCCUUAGCUACAAAGGGGCUGAGUUUGAAGUUGUUGAAGCGCCUUUAGAUACUGAAAUGGUGGAGAUGUACAAAAAGGCAGCACAGUUUUGGGGAGAGUUGCGUGUUGAAUUGCUAUCUGCAAGUGCUUUUCAUGAUAAUGACAAAACUAUUUCUAGUCAAUUGUGGAGAUUGUAUUGGUCGAGCCAUCAGCGUUUCUUUAGACAUUUGUGCAUGUCAGCAAAGGUUCCUGCUGCUGUAAGAUUAGCUAAGCAAGCAUUGACUGAAGACAAAUGCGUGGUUAUUGGCCUCCAGAGUACUGGAGAGGCUCGAACAGAAGAAGCUGUGACUAAAUAUGGUCUUGAGCUUGAGGAUUUUAUCUCUGGACCUCGAGAGCUUUUGCUGAAAUUUGUGGAAGAAAAUUAUCCUGUGCCAGAUAAGCCUGAAUCUCUAUCAGGAGAUGAAGGUGUCAAGGAACUUCAACGGAAGAGGCACUCAGCAACACCUGGUGUUUCAUUUAAUGGGAGAGUUAGGAAAGCUGCAAGAUUGGAGCCUGCAAGUGACGUUGAAAGUGAUGACGAUUAUGCAACUGACUCUGCAAAUGAAUCAACUGAUUCUGAUGAUGAGUUCCAGAUCUGUGCCAUAUGCAAUGCAGAAUCGGAAAUGAAGAAAUUAAUCAGAUGUUCUUGCUGUGAGCAACUGGUCCAUCCGGCAUGUUUAGUCCCACCGAUUACUGAUUUAGUAUCUGAGGACUGGUCGUGUGACUCAUGUAAGAUAAAAACUGAUGAAUAUCUCCAAAAAAAGCUAUUGUAUGAUGCUGAACUCCUGAAGAGGUAUGAAGCCUCUUUGCAGCGGAAGUCAAAAAUAUUGGAGAUAAUUCGGUCGUUGGAUCUUCCAAAUAAUCCUUUGGAUGACCUUAUCGAUCAGCUUGGAGGCCCUGAUAAAGUUGCAGAAAUGACUGGGAGGAGAGGCAUGCUUGUAAGGGCUUCUAGUGGAAAAGGUGUAACUUAUCAGGCACGGAACACAAAGGAUGUCAGUAUGGAAAUGGUCAACAUGCAUGAGAAGCAGCUAUUCAUGGAUGGUAAAAAGUUGGUUGCGAUCAUUUCUGAGGCUGGAUCAGCUGGUGUCUCUUUGCAAGCUGACAGAAGAGCAAUAAAUCAGAGAAGAAGGGUUCAUCUGACAUUGGAACUUCCUUGGAGUGCUGAUCGAGCAAUUCAACAGUUUGGAAGAACGCAUCGGUCAAAUCAAGCUUCUGCACCAGAGUACAGGCUAUUGUUCACUAACCUUGGUGGAGAGCGUCGAUUCGCAUCUAUAGUAGCCAAGAGAUUGGAAUCUCUUGGGGCUUUAACUCAGGGAGACCGCAGGGCUGGACCAUCUUUGAGCGCUUAUAACUAUGAUAGUGCUUAUGGGAAAAAGGCUUUGAUGGUGAUGUAUAGAGGAAUAAUGGAGCAGGAUGCCCUUCCAGUUGUACCUCCUGGGUGUUUGUCUGAAAAGCCAGAGACCAUUCAGGAUUUUAUCGUCAAGGCAAAAGCUGCUCUUGUGGCUGUUGGAAUAGUUAGGGACUCUGUCCUUGGUAACGGAAAGUUAUCUGGCCGUAUUAUUGAUUCAGACAUGCAUGAUGUCGGUCGUUUUCUCAAUCGACUCUUAGGACUACCACCUGAGAUUCAAAAUAGGCUGUUUGAAUUGUUUGUCAGCAUCUUAGAUCUUCGUGUACAGAAUGCACGUAUUGAAGGAAAUCUUGAUUCUGGGAUUGUUGAUAUGAAAGCUAACAUCAUUGGAUUGCAAGGAACUCCAAAGACAGUUCAUGUGGAUCAAAUGUCUGGAGCAUCAACAGUUCUUUUUACUUUCACUAUUGAUCGAGGAAUAACAUGGGAGUCUGCAAGUAAUAUGCUCGAGGAGAAGCAAAAAGAUGGGCUUGGCUCUUCCAGUGAUGGAUUCUAUGAGUCAAAAAGGGAAUGGUUGGGAAGACGUCACUUUAUGUUAGCAUUUGAAAGUCGUUCUUCUGGAAUGUUUAAGAUUGUUAGGCCUACUGUUGGGGAGUCAGUGAGGGAAAUGACUCUGAAAGAGUUAAAAUUUAAAUACAGAAAAUUAUCUUCUUUAGACAAAGCACAAAGUGGCUGGGAAGAUGAAUUUGAAGUUUCAUCAAAACAGUGCAUGCAUGGACCCAAGUGUAAGCUCGGGGACUUCUGUACCGUUGGCAGAAGAAUACAGGAAGUGAAUGUUUUGGGUGGCCUCAUUCUUCCUGUUUGGGGUACUAUUGAGAAGGCUUUAUCUAAGCAGGUACGUCAAAGCCAUAAAAGAAUCCGUGUUGUGCGUUUAGAAACUACAACAGAUAGCAAGCGCAUAGUUGGUUUGCUCGUCCCAAAUGCUGCAGUGGAAAGUGUGCUUCAAGGUCUAGCAUGGGUUCAAGAUAUUGACGAUUGAUGUUGGCCAGAUUUUUGGAAAAGCUGCAUUUAUAUGGUAAGAAGCAUGAGAGCACACUCGGAAAAUCAAACAGAGAUUAAUCUCCUGCACCAUCUCAUGGAAUUGUGUUUUCUCACUGUUUCUCACAGCUUCAUUUUUUUAUCUCCAUUUUUCAGCAUAUAAUUUUGUAUAUUUAUAUCACCCACGCCGAUUGCAAGUAAAGAGAAACAGCUGAUGGGUGAUUGAACUAUAUUGUUUAUAAAUCAGCUUCAACUAGUUUGUACAAACAGGGUUUGACCCCAUCAGUAAAUUUACUGCUGAAAUAUAAUUUAUAUUAUUGUUAUUAAUAUUUA